AUGCUGUCUUUCAUAUUAAUACAGAACAGGCAAGGCAAGACCCGCCUUGCCAAAUGGUACGCGCCGUACAGCGACGACGAAAAGAUCAAGCUCAAGGGCGAGGUCCACCGCCUCGUAGCCCCCCGCGACCAGAAGUACCAGUCCAACUUUGUCGAGUUCCGCAACAACAAGAUCGUCUACCGGCGGUACGCGGGCCUCUUCUUCUGCGCCUGCGUCGACACCAACGACAACGAGCUCGCCUUCCUCGAGGCCAUCCACUUCUUCGUCGAGGUCCUCGACGCCUUCUUUGGCAACGUCUGCGAGCUCGACCUCGUAUUCAACUUCUACAAGGUCUACGCCAUUCUCGACGAGGUCUUCCUCGCCGGAGAGAUCGAAGAGACGAGUAAGCAGGUGGUGCUUACGCGGCUGGAGCACUUGGACAAAUUAGAAUAA